AUGGCCGCCACAGCAAAACGCCCCGAGAUUAUUGAGCUUGCCCGCGGGCUGCGAGGGGUCCCCAUGUGCGAGGACUACGAGCGCAUGAUCUCCGGAAUGAUGUACAAUCCCUUGAUUCCAAAGCUGCUAGAAGCCCGCCAUCUAUGCCGGGGUCUUGCGGCGGACUACAACAACCUAGACACGAAGACAGUGACGUAUGACCAAAUCGGCGAUAAGCGACUAGAGCUUCUCCGCAAGCUCGUCGGCAAAGUGGGCGAUGGAACAUUCAUUGAACCACCAUUCCUGCCGGACUAUGGCUGCAAUACCAUUAUUGGGGAAGAUUGCUUUUUCAACUGGAACGUGACUAUCCUGGAUACCAGUCUAGUGACUAUCGGUGAUCGUGUGCAGAUCGGUACAGGAGUUAGUAUCAUUACAGCCGGACACGAUACGAGUGUCUUGUCGCGUCGGAAAUUUGUCGAGUUCGGCCACCCCAUCUUCAUUGAGGAUGAUUGCUGGAUCGGGAGUAAUGUCGUUAUCCUCCCUGGUGUCACAAUUGGUCAGGGAUCAACCAUUGGUGCUGGAUCGGUUGUCACCAAGGAUAUUCCACCGUUCUCGGUCGCUGUGGGCACGCCGUGUCGGGUGAAGAAGACGAUUCAAUCGGCGGAAGAGGAGGAGCAGGAUCCCAACAACCCAUAUCGCAACUUGGUCCGCGAGGAUCGGUAA